AUGAAGAUGUGCACGCCAGCUGGAGAUCAGCUUGAAAUUCCAUUGAGAGUGGGAGAGGAAAACUCAUUCCAUAACCAGGAUAGGGUGGCUCUAUCUAACAAAGAUGCAUAUGAACUGGCAAGAGUUGGGAAGAAGGAAGUGCUGAAGGUAUGGGCCCUCGAAAAUACUAAGAGACCAGCUGGACUGGUCUAUGGGUUCAUCGCGGUUUGGAUGGCAUUUAUCAGCAUUUUCAUUGCACUCGGAGAGCUUGCAAGCAUGAUUCCCUCGGUAAGGCUGGUGGACAAUACCACUGGACUAGUAUACUUGCUCCCAAGUCUUCGACCCGCUUUUUCAGCCACAUUACUGGCUCUAUUUGCAUUAUUGCAUGGACUGCGGGCUCAACAGGAACCAUCUAUACAGCUGGAAGCAUUUUUCAGAGCACAUUUGCAAUCAACCAUCCAGAUUACGAGCCAAAAGGGUGGCAUGUAA